AGAGAUCCACAGACUCGCAUGAAGACCCACAGACUCGCAUAGGCCGAGUUAUCCUCGACCGAAAAUCUUCAUGCCUUGUGUAUUUUGUGUCGGUGUCUCCUGAUUCUCCACCCUCUCCUCCUUCUCCCCCACAGCUCGCCCUCUCAACGCCUCCUCCCCAUCCUCUUCCCCUUCUCCACCUGGCGGGCUUUUCCCACGGAGCGAACCCGACCGUGGACCGGUUCCAGGGGGAUCGCCGUGGUAACGAACGAGUGCUUGGAGCCAGUGAGCAGGGCGGUGGUGGGUUACCUUACGAGCUGCGGAGGGAAUAAUCGACGGAUUGCCGAAAGACCGCGAGGGGAAGGUGAAGCGAAGGGAGCUGAAGAGCGGACGAGGUGAGGAUCGACCUCGGGGAGAAGUGAAUGAGCGGAGGGAGCGGAGGGGCAGCCCAGGUGCACGGGCGAAGGAGCCGGCGAACGGAGGAGGGUGCACGCCGGGGGGGGGGGGGGGGGGGGGGCCAACGUGGGGACCAGCGGCCUCACGAAUCGGCGAACGCGCCAGAAGCCGGGGCGGACGAGCGAAAACAAAAAACCGUGGAGUGAGCAAGCGAAGGAGCGAGCAGGCCGCGGAGUGAACGGUUGAACCGGCCCAUCGAGAGGCCGCCCAACGACCCAAGGGACCACCAGGCCCUCCGGACCGACCGACCGACCGACCCCCUGCCGACACCCACGGGCCCCACCGAACCCUUCACCGGACGAGCAGACCGGCGUGAACGGUGGCCCCGUCAUGGCGAGACGAGAGGGCGGCCGGCUCGGCGUUCCACCGCUGCUGCUGCUGCUGCUGCUGCUCACGUGGUCCUGCGUGGUGGCACCGCUCCUGGCACAGCGCGGCGGCUCGCGGGACGCAGAGGGAGCAGCGGCGGCGGCAGCAGCAGGCGGCGGCGGCGGCGGCGGCGGCGGCGGCGGCGGUGGUGGUGGUGGCGACGGCGGCAGCAGCGGCCGGAACCGCGAAGACUCCGAUCGGAGCCGAGAGUCGGCAGCGAGCAACCGGGUCCGGCGCAGAGGCAACCAGGACAUGCUGAGAGGCCCCAACGUGUGCGGGUCUCGGUUCAACUCCUACUGCUGCCCAGGCUGGAAGACUCUCGCGGGAGGGAACCAGUGCAUCGUGCCGAUCUGUCGGCAUUCCUGUGGAGAUGGCUUCUGCUCCCGCCCGAACAUGUGCACCUGCAGCAGCGGGCAGAUCUCUCCAUCGUGUGGCACAAAGUCCGUGCAGCAGUGCAACAUCCGCUGUAUGAAUGGCGGCACCUGCGUGGAGGAUCACUGCCUUUGCCAGAACGGAUACACGGGCUCACACUGCGGACAGCCUGUGUGCAAGAAUGGCUGUCAGAACGGGGGCCGCUGCGUGGGGCCCAACCGCUGCGCCUGCGUCUACGGAUUCACAGGGCCACAGUGCGAGCGCGACUACAGGACUGGCCCCUGCUUCACCCAGGUGACCCAGCAGAUGUGCCAGGCGCAGCUGAGUGGCGUCGUCUGCACCAAGACCCUCUGCUGCGCCACCAUCGGGCGUGCAUGGGGCCACCCGUGUGAGACGUGCCCGCCGCAGCCGCACCCGUGCCGACGCGGGUUCAUCCCCAACAUCCGCACGGGCGCGUGCCAGGAUGUGGACGAGUGCCAGGCGAUCCCGGGGAUCUGCCAGGGAGGCACGUGCCUCAACACCGUGGGCUCCUACGACUGCAAAUGCCCCGUGGGUCACCGCAAGAGCGAGAUCACGCAGAAGUGUGAAGACGUGGACGAGUGCGUGGCGGAUGCUGGCGCCUGCGGCGGCGGCGGCGGCGGCGGCGGGGAGUGCUCCAACACCAUCGGCAGCUUCUUCUGCUCGUGCCUGCCCGGCUACGUCGCCGGCGCCGACGGCACCAAGUGCAUCGACCAGCGCUCCGGCUCGUGCUACGCGACGGUGUCUGGCGGGCGCUGCAGCUCCCCGCUUGGCGCGCCGCUCGCUCGCUCGCGCUGCUGCUGCGACGCCGCCGGCACCGCCGCUGGCGCCGCUGGCGCCCGCUGCUGGGCCUUCGGCGGCGUGCCCGAGAUGUGCCCCAUCCGCGGCACCGAGGAGUACCAGCACCUGUGUGAAAGCCAGCCCUUCCUGCCCAGCUACCCCGACGGGACUCACCCGGGGGGGUUCCCUCCUGGGGGAGGGGUCCCUCCGGGGGGGUUCCCCCCCCCUCCUGGGGGGUUCCCCCCCUCCGGUGGGUUACCCCCGCCCGGUGGGGGCUCCUGGCAAACGGAGUUGCCUGGUGGACACCGACCCGACGUGCUGCCCCGUAACGAGACUGUGGAUCUGUGCCGUCUCUUCCCCGGCGUGUGCCCCGGUGGGCGCUGCGUGGCCACGCCGGGCGGCUACCACUGCCAGUGCCAGGCGGGCCUCCGGGCCGAGCCACGCGGGGGCUGUGUCGACGUGGACGAGUGUCUGAGCCUGCCGUGCGCCCACGGCGACUGCGUCAACUCCGUCGGCUCCUACUCAUGCCGGUGCUACAAGGGGUUCCAGUCGGUGCCAGCCAAGACCUCCUGCAUAGACAUCGACGAGUGCGUUCAGAACGGGCAGCUGUGCCGUAACGGGCGCUGCGUCAACACCGAGGGGAGCUUCCAGUGCAUCUGCAGCGCCGGCUUCGACCUCACGUCCGACGGGCGCAACUGCGUGGAUCACGACGAGUGCACCACCACCAACAUGUGCCUCAACGGGAUGUGCAUCAACGAGGAUGGCAGCUUCAAGUGCAUCUGCAAGCCGGGCUUCUCCCUGGCUGCCGGCGGACGAUAUUGCCUCGACGUGGACGAGUGCCAGACGGUGGGAAUCUGCAUGAACGGGCGCUGCGUCAACGGCGAAGGGUCCUUCCGCUGCGAGUGUCCGCCGGGGCUGGUCGUGAGCAGCGACGGGCGAGUCUGCGUGGACACACACAUGCGCAGCACGUGCUACGCGGCCUACAGGAAGGGACAGUGCGUGCGCCCGAUGCCCGGAGCCGUCACCAAGUCGGAGUGCUGCUGCGCCGGGCCAGACCACGCGUUCGGAGAGCCCUGCCACCCGUGCCCCCCACUCAACUCCGAGGAGUUCCACUCCUUGUGCAGCAGUGGACCGGGAAUCACGGCUGACGGGAGAGACAUCAACGAGUGCGCGCUGGACCCGGACAUCUGCCCGAACGGCGUGUGUGAGAACCUACGCGGGAGCUACCGCUGCAUCUGUAACAUUGGCUACGAAACGGAGCUCACGGGCAAGCAGUGCGUCGACGUGGACGAGUGCUCGCGGCGCCGGCAGCUGUGCGACAACGGGCUGUGCCGCAACACCCCCGGCAGCUACAGCUGCUCCUGCCCCGGCGGCUUCCUCUUCCACGCCGAGUCCGACACGUGCGAGGAUGUGGAUGAGUGUGAAUCGAGCCCCUGCGUCAACGGCGUCUGCAAGAACACGCCGGGAUCCUUCGUGUGCGAGUGCCCCUCCACCAGCAAGCUGGACGCCACGGGCACCAUCUGUGUCGACAGCACCAAGGGCACUUGCUGGCUGAAUAUCAUCGAGAGCCGCUGCGAGGUGAACAUCAACGGCGCCACCCUCAAGUCCGAGUGCUGCUCCACGCUCGGAGCCGCCUGGGGCAGCCCCUGCGAGCCCUGCGAGAUCGAUCCCCUGUGCCGGCGAGGCUUCUCCAGGUCACGUGGCGCUGUCUGCGAAGACGUCAACGAGUGCGACAUCUUCUCGGGCAUCUGCGUGAGCAGCCAUUGCAUCAACACCCCAGGGUCCUUCCGCUGCGACUGCCCGCCGGGACUCACGCUCGACGCCUCGGGGCGCGCCUGCGUCGACCUGCGCCUGGAGUCGUGCUUCCUGACGCACGACGAGGACUCUGUGGAGUGCGGCGCCCUGGGGGCCCCGCGCCUGCGUAGUGACGUGUGCUGCUGCUCCCUGGGGGCCGCGUGGGGCCGCCACUGCGACGGGUGCCCCCCCGCCGGCUCCGACGACUUUGAGCGCCUCUGCCCACGUGGGCCAGGGUUCUCCAGCCGCGGGGACUUCACCACGGGACGGCAGCUCUUCAAGGACAUUAACGAGUGCAAGGUGUUCAGCAGCCUGUGCCACAGUGGGCGCUGCCGCAACACCAUCGGCAGCUUCAAGUGCCGCUGCGACAGCGGAUUCGCUCUCGACACCGAGGAGAGGAACUGCACCGACAUUGACGAGUGCCACAUCUCGCUGGACGUGUGUGGACACGGCGUCUGUGUGAACACGCCGGGCAGCUUCGAGUGCGAGUGCAUGGAGGGCUAUGAGAGCGGCUUCAUGAUGAUGAAAAACUGCAUGGACAUUAACGAGUGCGAGCGCGAUGCCAUGUUGUGCCGCGGUGGCACCUGUCUCAACACGGAAGGGAGCUUCCGCUGCGUCUGCCCGCCGGGCCACGGGCUCAACGACGAUGGGACCGCCUGCGCUGACGUGGACGAGUGCUUGCUGAGUGGGAACCUGUGCCGGAACGGGCGCUGUGUGAACAUGGUGGGCAAAUACCAGUGUGCCUGCAACCCGGGGUACCAGAGCACGGGGGACCGCCAGGGCUGUGUGGACAUCAACGAGUGCAACAUCCGCAAUGGGGGCUGCGACCGCUUCUGCACCAACUCUGACGGCAGCUACGAGUGCAGCUGCGACAGCGGCUACGCACUCAUGCCCGACAGCCGCUCCUGCACAGACAUCGACGAGUGUGAGGAGAGCCCACACAUCUGCGACGGGGGCCAGUGCACCAACGUGCCCGGGGACUACCGCUGCCUCUGCUUCGACGGCUUCAUGGCCUCCAUCGACCUCAAGACCUGCCUGGACGUGAACGAGUGUGAGCUGAACCCCAACAUCUGCUUACACGGGAAGUGUGAGAACACGAGGGGAUCCUUCAUCUGCCACUGCGAGCCCGGCUUCUCCGUCAAGAAGGGCGCCUCCGGGUGCUCAGACGUGGACGAGUGUGAGAUCGGGGCUCACAACUGUGACGUCAACGGGCGCUGCACCAACACCCGCGGCAGCUUCCGCUGCACCUGCCGAGCCGGCUUCCAUGGCAGCGGAGUGCAGUGCACGGACUUGGACGAGUGUGCGAACGGGACUCACACGUGCAGCCCCAACGGGAAGUGUCUCAACACGUUCGGCUCCUAUCGCUGCGUCUGCAAGGAGGGCUUCUCCGGUGACGGAUACACCUGCACCGACUUUGACGAAUGCUCCGGCAAUGGGGAGCUCUGCAGGAAUGGGCAGUGCCUCAACGCUCCAGGAGGGUUCGUCUGCGAGUGUGACAUGGGGUUCACUCCCUCUCUCGACGGACGCGCCUGUCAAGACAUUGACGAGUGCUCGUUCCACAACAUCUGCGUGUUUGGGCGCUGCGAGAACGUGCCGGGGAUGUUCCGCUGCGUGUGUGACCCGGGCUUCCAGCCCGACGAGACCGGAGGGAACUGCACAGACAUCGACGAGUGCGGCCACGCGCGCGACUACUGCGUCAACGGGCGCUGCGAGAACACGGCGGGCAGCUACACGUGCGGCUGCCCGCCCAACUACAGCCUCAACCCCACGGGCAUCGGCUGUGUCGACACGCGUGCCGCCGCGUGCUUCAUGGAGUACGAGCAGCGUGGCGACGGGUCGCUCUCCUGCAGCGCCGAGGUCGGCGUUGGCGUCGCCCGCGCCACCUGCUGCUGUGCCCUGGGGAGGGCGUGGGGGCGGCCGUGCCAGCGCUGCCCCGCCGUCAACAGCACUGAGUUCAAGGUUCUCUGUCCUGGUGGCGGUGGCUUCCGACUCAACCCCAUCACCGUGGUGCUGGAAGACAUUGACGAGUGCGUGGAGCUGCCCGGCCUGUGCAUCGGCGGCCAGUGCGUCAACACCUUCGGCAGCUUCCAGUGCGUCUGUCCGGCGGGCUUCACGCUGGACGAGGCCUCGCGCGAGUGCCUGGACGUGGACGAGUGCGCCGCGACGCCACAGAUCUGCGGGCCCGGCACGUGCUUCAACACGGUGGGCAACUACACGUGCGUGUGCCCUCCCGACUACAUGCAGACCAACGGGGGCAACAACUGCAUGGACAUGCGGCGCAGCUUCUGCUACAAGGUGUACAACGUGACGUGCGAGAACGAGCUCACCUUCAACCUCACCAAGAAGCAAUGCUGCUGUGGCUACAACAUCGGCAAGGGCUGGCACCGGCCGUGCGAGCCGUGCCCCAGCCCCGGCACGCGAGCUUUUGUGAGCCUCUGUGGGAGCCAGGUGCCAGGAUUUGAGAUCGACUUCAUAACAGGGAAGCCAGUAGACAUCGAUGAGUGCACUGCCAUCCCGGGCAUCUGUGCCAACGGGCUGUGCAUCAACCAGCCGGGCAGCUUCCGUUGCGAGUGCCCCAUCGGAUUCAGCUACAACGACCUGCUGCUCGUCUGUGAAGACAUCGACGAGUGCUCGAGUGACGUCAUGUGUCAGCGCCACGCCGACUGCGUCAACAUCCCCGGCAGCUUCCGCUGCGAGUGCUCUCGCGGAUUCCUACUCACGCCCUUCGGAGCCUGCGUCGAUCGCGACGAGUGCCAGGAGCUGCCCGGCGUGUGCAGCCCGGGACGCUGCGUGGACCAGGAGGGCGGCUACCAUUGCCUGUGCCCCAACGGGUACCGGGCCACCCCCGACAGGGGCAUGUGCAUGGAUGUGGACGAGUGUGAGCGGCGUCCGUGUGGUAACGGGACGUGCAAGAACACCAUCGGCUCCUACAACUGCCUCUGCUUCCCGGGCUUCGAGCUCAGCCACAACAUCGACUGCGUCGACGUGGACGAGUGUGUGUCCAUGCGGGCCCACGUGUGCCGCAGCGGAGGCUGCGUCAACACCGUGGGCUCAUUCCAGUGCCACUGCAAUGCCGGCUACGAGAUGACGCCCGACCGCAAGAGCUGCCGCGACGUGAACGAGUGUGUGACCACGCCGGGCGUCUGUUCCCCGGGCUCCUGCCAAAAUCUGGAGGGCUCCUUCCGCUGCGUCUGUCCCCCCGGCUACGAGGUGGUGGUGGACGUCUGUAAAGAUGUGAACGAGUGCGUGCGUGAGCCGGGCCUGUGCCUCCUGGGAACCUGCGUUAACACGAAGGGCAGCUUCCAGUGCCGCUGUCCGCCGGGCUUCGUCCUCUCGCUCAACGGACGCACGUGCUACGACACCCGCAAGAGCUACUGCUUCACGCGCUUCGAAGAGGGCCGCUGCUCUGUACCGAAGCCGUUCAACACCUCCAAGGCACAGUGCUGCUGUAGCGCCAUGCCCGGCGAGGGCUGGGGAGAUCCCUGCGAGAUCUGCCCGCGGCCCGUAGACGGUGUGGACUUCCAGGAGCUGUGUCCCCUGGGAGUCGGCAUCAUCCCUGGGCCUGACGAGAGCCGCGUCGACCUGGACGAGUGUGUGGAGAGCCCCGGCGCCUGCUCCAAUGGGCAGUGCAUCAACACGGACGGCUCCUUCCGCUGCGAGUGUCCCCUCGGCUACAGCAUCGACUACUCUGGGGUCAACUGCAUCGACACGGACGAGUGCUCGGUGGGCAACCCUUGCGGCAACGGCACGUGCUCCAACGUGGCCGGGGGCUUCGAGUGCGCCUGCGACGAGGGCUUCGAGCCGGGCCCCAUGAUGAACUGUGAAGAUGUGAACGAGUGUGCGCAGAACCCGCUGCUGUGCGCGUUCCGCUGCGUGAACACGUACGGUGCGUACGAGUGCACCUGCCCCGCGGGAUACGUGCUGCGGGAAGACGGGCGCAUGUGCCAAGACGAGGACGAGUGUGAGCAAGGCCUCCACCGCUGUGCGUCCAGGGCUAUGCUCUGCAAGAACCUCAUCGGCACCUUUAUCUGCGUCUGCCCCGCCGGGAUGCUGCGCAGACCGGACGGGGAGGGCUGCAUCGAUGAGAAUGAGUGCCGCUCACGGCCAGGCGUCUGUGAGCAUGGCAGUUGUGUGAACACGUUUGGGAGCUUCCGCUGCGAGUGCCAGGAUGGCUUCACCUCGGGCUCCUCGCAGACAGAGUGCAUCGACAACCGCCAGGGCUUCUGCUUCACGGAGGUUCUGCAGUCGCUGUGCCAGAUGACGUCGAGCAGCCCGGCGCUCGUCACCAGGUCCCAGUGCUGCUGCUGCUCCGGCGGGCGGGGAUGGGGCACCGGCUGUGAUCUCUGCCCGCUGCCCGGCACGGCGCCCUUCCGCAAGCUGUGCCCGCACGGGCCGGGGUACACCACGGACGGGCACGACAUCAACGAGUGUGCGGUGCUGCCGAGCACGUGCGAGCACGGCACGUGCGUCAACUCGGAAGGCUCGCACCACUGCCUCUGCCGGCCGGGAUACACCACAGACCUCUCCCGCACGGCCUGCGUUGACCUGGACGAGUGCGUCCAGGCUCCCAAGCCGUGCAACUUCAUCUGCAGGAACACGGAGGGCAGCUUCCAGUGCGCCUGUCCCCGUGGAUACGUCAUGCAGGACGACGGCAAGACCUGCAAGGACCUGGACGAGUGUUCCAGCAAGCAGCACAACUGCCAGUUCUUGUGCGUCAACACAGUGGGCGGCUUCACCUGCAAGUGCCCGUCAGGGUUCACUCAGCACCACACGGCCUGCAUCGACAACAAUGAGUGCGUGGGUCAGCCCGGCUUGUGUGGCUCUCAGGGCGUCUGCCAGAACACCCCGGGCAGCUUCGAGUGCGAGUGUCAGCGCGGGUUCAGCCUCGACGCGUCCGGACUCAACUGCGAUGACGUGGACGAGUGCAGCGGGAGUCACCGCUGCCAGCACGGCUGCCAGAACAUGGUGGGGGGUUACCGCUGCUCCUGCCCCGCUGGCUACAUGCAGCACUACCAGUGGAACCAGUGCAUCGACGAGAACGAGUGCGUGAACCCGCGCGUGUGUGGGCGUGCCUCGUGCUACAACACGCUGGGCAGCUUUAAGUGCGCGUGCCCCACGGGCUACAGCUACGAGUCCCCUGGCGGUGCCUGCCGUGACGUCAACGAGUGCACCUCGACGCUGAGCCCCUGCAGCCACGGUUGCUCCAACACUGAGGGUGGCUACCUGUGCGGCUGUCCGCCCGGCUACUACCGCGUCGGCCAGGGGCACUGCGUGUCAGGCAUGGGUUUCACCAACGGCCAGGGCUUCGCGCUGGGUGACGACGGCGGUGACGGCGGUGACGGCGGCGGCGGCGGCGAUGGUAACGAGCUGUCGCACGAGGGCUGCUACGACUGCAAGGUGAACGGCGUGCCCAAGGGUGGACGCUUCCGCCGCGGUGCCAACGGCACCGCCGGGGAGGAGACGGAGCGCGGGGACGACGACGUCGCCAGCCAGCCGAGCCUGGACACGGACCGUCCGAUGAGGCUGCUGGUGCCACUCUCCAGCAAGCUCCGCGCCCGCAGCAACGGGGAGGACCGGCAGACGAAGAAGAGAAAGACGCAGGAAGCCGCCGCUACGGGCGAGGAGGAGGACAAGGAGGAAGAGGAGGAGGAUGAUGACAUCACCAUCCUCGCUCUCAUACCCGCGCUCAAAACGCUGAGCGGCCACGUGCGCUACCGCAUCCUCAGCGUCGCCCGGCCCGACGGCGCUCGGUCCGAGCCGUGCUUCGAAAUCCGGCACGCCGGCGGAGUCUCCGGCGCCGCCGCCGCCGCCGACGACGCCGGGGCCUCCGCGGCGACGGCCGCCGGGCCGGCCCUGCUGCGGGUGGUGCGGAGGAGGGCCACCCCGGGGGAUUAUUCGCUGGUGAUCGGCGGAACGCCGGCGUUUGAGCGCGGCGAGCUGCGGCGCCUGCGGGAGGAGAGGGACCGCGGUCGUGCCUCGGGGGAGGUGGGGCGGGCGCUCCGCCUGGAGCUCAGCGUGGAACUCACCAACUAGCGGCACGCGCGGGUGCAUGUGUGUGCGUGUGUGUGCGCGUGGGCGAGUGCUUGUGUGUGCAUGGGUGCGUGUGUGGGCGGGCGCACGUGUGGUUCCUGUCUUUAGCCGGCGGUACGUACAGAAUGUUGGGGCAAGUGCUGUGUUGGCCAGUGUGCGUGAGUGUGAGUGCAUGGGGUUUGUGGGUGCGUGUGUGUGUGUGUGUGUGGGGCAGUUGUGGAGAGAGUGGAGAGUUUCCCAUAC